AUGUCUGUAUAUAUAGAUUACAGUGAUAGUAAAAAUCUGUUACAAGCUCUUUCCAAUAAGAGCUUACGAAGAGUCAAAAAAAUUGGAGCAUCUCCAUUCCCAGAGCCUGAGCUCUCAAGUGAAUUCUGACAGAAAACUCCUAUGAGAAUCUCAGCACUUACUAAAGUAAAUAAAAUCCCUUUCAAAAAUGUCAUGCACAAGCCUACUCUAAGUACCGCAAAUCAUCAUAAAAGAUUAAUAAUCAGCAACUCGCCUAAAAACCCGAACAAUAUUUCAAUAGAAUUAAAAAGAAUUUUAUGGUCCAUUUUUUUGGAUAAAAUUAAAUUAUUUAUAUAGAUUUUUUACAAAUAACUGGCUAAAAUACAUUAGAAAAUUGAUUUAAUAUCAUAAUUAAAAAUCCACACAAGAAUUUCAUAAUCAAAUGCGCCCUCUCUCACAAAUGAGAUCAAGAAGCACUAAAAGUCUACGGCACAACAAAAGCCUUAAUUCUCAGCUUGACAAGCCGCUUACCUGCUCAAAUUCUUUUAUUUUGCACGAAAUCCCUCAAAAAGUAAAAAAAAUGCGUUUCCUUCAAGACCCAAUCAACAAGCCGAUUACAAGCUUCAAAAUUUUAGGCCAAAACCUAAACUGCGACACUAGCAAUAAGUUCAGUUAUAACGAUAUUGUGAGCUUCGUAAAAAAUAUUGAUAUUAAUUAUACCAAAUAUUUUGAAGAUUUAAGCUCGUCUCAGCAGAACGAAAACAUCAUAAAUGAAGCUUCUCCACAAGAUAUAUACCUAAUAUUAUCUAUUUUAAUCAAUUAUUAUAGUAAAUAGAAAUUCUGCAGAUUAAAUGAAUAAGAAUAGUUGACUACCUAAGAUAUACAAUUCCUAAUAGAGAAUACUGAGACUAUGAAAAUGAAAGCUCUAUCACCGAUAUAGAAGAAAUUCUCCAGCUUGCCCAAAAAAUACUGAAAACUUUUGAUCUAAAUUCAGACGGAAAAAUUGAUAAAAACGAAUUUUUAGGUGUUUGCAGCGUUUAUGAUUUUUAUAUGUCGAAUAAACCUUUUAAUUUAAGAGAUGAAGCACUUUUAAAUGAAAUUCAAGUGAAAUUGCAGGAAUUAAAAAAAUUGUUUAGGGCGUAUACUGAUAAAGAUGCAAUUCCUUCUAAUGCGAUUUUAAAUUUGUUUUUAUCACUUAAAAUAUUCUGCUCUGACAUACAGCUUAUACAUAAAAUUAGGUCAACUAAAAUCACUUUUGCGGUAUUUUUGAGAUGGAUUGGGUUCUUUGUGAAAGUUCACAAAUGUGUUAUUAGGCUUAUUCACUAG